GAUCCCGAGUGACGGAAGCGGAAGAGUGUCUCUCUCGGUUGUUAGGUGUUCUUCGUCUCUCUGUCGAUCGGUACCGUCAAGAUGGGAAAAGGCGGCGGCACGUUCGAGAGGCUGCUGGAUAAAGCCACCAGUCAGCUCCUGCUGGAGACAGACUGGGAGUCCAUUCUGCAAAUCUGUGAUAUGAUCCGCCAGGGAGACACACAAGCGAAAUACGCCGUUGCCUCUAUCAAGAAGAAGGUUAAUGACAAAAACCCACACGUGGCUCUUUUUGCCCUUGAGGUUAUGGAGUCUGUGGUGAAAAACUGUGGCUCAACUGUACACGAUGAGGUGGCAAAUAAGCUAACUAUGGAAGAGCUAAAAGAACUACAGAAGCGAGUUGUGGAACCGAACGUUCGGAACAAGAUCCUGUAUCUGAUCCAGGCCUGGGCCCACGCCUUUCGCAACGAACCCAAGUAUAAAGUUGUACAGGACACCUAUCAGAUCAUGAAGGUGGAAGGUCACAACUUCCCUGAGUUCAAGGAGAGUGAUGCCAUGUUUGCUGCUGAGCGAGCUCCUGAUUGGGUAGACGCCGAGGAGUGUCAUCGCUGCCGUGUUCAGUUUGGAGUCGUGACGCGGAAGCAUCACUGUAGAGCCUGCGGGCAGAUUUUCUGCGGGAAGUGUUCUUCAAAGUACUCCACCAUCCCCAAGUUCGGCAUCGAGAAAGAAGUACGUGUGUGCGAGCCCUGCUAUGAACAGUUGAACAAGAAGGGAGAAGGAAAGUCCGCCACCAGCGGUGAACUGCCCCCAGAAUACUUGACCAGCCCUCUGUCUCAGCAAUCACAGAUGCCACCUAAGAAGGAUGAGAGUGCUCUGCAGGAGGAGGAGGAACUGCAGUUGGCCAUCGCCUUGUCACAGUCUGAGGCUGAAGAAAAGGAAAGAAUGAGACAAAAGAACACGUAUGGCGUGUAUCCAAAGGCAGACCCGACCGCCGUUACCUCCUCCGCCCCGCCGGCCAGUACUCUCUACGCCUCUGUGAAUUCCUCUGCUCCACUUGCAGAAGAAAUAGACCCCGAGCUUGCUCGCUAUCUGAACCGCAAUUACUGGGAGAAGAAACAGGAGGAGGUGCGGAAGAGCCCCACUCCAUCCGCACCAGUACCAACAAGUGAGCCUGCGGUGCAGGUGGCUGAGGUGCCACCAGUCAGCAUGGUCAGUGUUAUGGAGCAGCAGUACCAGAACGGCGAGUCGGAGGAGAAUCACGAGCAGUUCUUGAAGGCGCUGCAGAACGCCGUCACCACUUUCGUGAAUCGUAUGAAGAGCAACCACAUGCGUGGCAGGAGCAUCACCAAUGACUCGGCUGUGCUGUCCCUCUUCCAGUCUAUUAACAACAUGCACCCACAGCUCCUGGAGCUGCUCAACCAGCUGGAUGAGAGACGCUUGUAUUAUGAAGGUCUUCAGGACAAGCUGGCCCAGAUCAGAGACGCCCGUGGGGCUCUCAAUGCACUUCGCGAGGAGCACAGAGAAAAGCUGCGACGAGCUGCAGAGGAGUCCGAAAGGCAGCGGCAAAUACAGCUAGCACAGAAGCUAGAGAUAAUGAGGCAGAAGAAACAGGAAUAUUUGGAGAUGCAGCGCCAGCUUGCCAUCCAGCGCCUGCAGGAACAGGAGAAGGAAAGGCAGAUGCGUCUGGAGCAGCAGAAGCAGACCAUCCAGAUGAGAGCCCAGAUGCCAGCUUUCUCUCUGCCGUAUGCACAGAUGCAGUCCAUGCCAUCAUCGGGUGGUGUCAUGUACCCACCUUCUGGCCCCAAUGCUUAUCCGGGCACCUUCAGUCCAUCGGGCUCAGUGGAGGGCUCUCCUAUGCACGGGGUGUACAUGAAUCAACCAGGGCAGCCCGGCUCUGGGCCCUAUACCGCAAUGCCGGUACCUGGGACAGACCCUGGCAUGGUAAAUGCCUAUAUGUACCAAGCAGGAUCUGCUCCUGCAGCACAGCAAGGACAGCCAACUACCAACCCUGCGUACAACUCCUACCAGCCCACUCCAACACAGCCCUACCAGGUGAGCUCUCAGAACGCGACCUCCCAGAAUCCUCCUGCUAGCGGGAUGAAUUACAUGGGUGCACAGUCUGUCCCCAUGGGCUAUCAGCCAUAUAACAUGCAGGGUCUCAUUUCUGCUCUCCCUGGACAAGACCCAGCGAUGAACAAUAUGCCUUCCCAGCAACCUUACCACCCUGGACAACAGCAGAUGUACCAACCGAUGGCAGUAGGUGCUGGUCAGCAGCAGCCUCCACAGCAGCAAGCAACACACGGGCAGCAAGUGCCAGGGGGCAGCGAAGCCCAGUUAAUCUGUUUUGAUUGAUACUCUGAAGCACCC